AUGGAAUUUAAUUUGUAUUGAUAAUGAAUUAUGACGUUUCAUUUUAUUUGAAAACCUCGCAAAGCACUGUAGGACAUCCACUAGACGUUUUCAAUGUCUGGUGGUGGCGGAAAAAUAAAAACGUGUAACUUCGUCCACAAGGAUGAGAUAUGGAAGGACCAUGUCAAAAUGGAACUGUUCGCACAGCGCCGGUGGCCGGACAAGUGGGGCUUCCUCGCGCAAGAGUACGAGCAGCUUCAGCAGCGGACUUUGCACAUUGGCGACAAAAAAGAUGACGCCACGGAAGCAGUGACAAAAACUACGUCAGAGGCCAAGCCGGAAGUGACGUCAAUGACAUAUCCGAAGACAAACAGCCAGAUAAUUGGCUGGAGGCUUCAAUACGAGGCUGACCACCCGAAACCCGCAAUCAGACGCGCGGGAAAAAAGGACAUAGUGAAGCAGCUUAGGUGGCCGCGAGAGGGUAUUUAGGGGAGCUGUAUCCGAACCGAAAACAUACCACCCAAGCGAGAUGAGAAGUUGUAUACAAAUAAACACAAACAUACCAUCAAA